CAACACAUCGUCGUGAAACAGAGCACCUCCCCUGAUCCUGCCGUGCAAAUCAAGGAGAUGGGAGCGUGCCAAGCACUUCAUCCCCACAGCCAGAAACCAUCGUCUCCCAGCACGAACAGCUCCAAUCCGGGCUAUUUCCUCUCCAAACCCGUCUGCGCUUGGCUCGCCUGCGGCUUCCUCUCCUUGGCUCUCCUCCACCUCCUCUGCUGCUCCCCCGCCGGCACCCAACAAGAGGUGUUCUCUGCUCUGCUCCAGCACUUCAACACCUCCUCCGCCUCGGUGUCAUCAGUGCCGGAGGGAGGCGGGCAGAGCUGCGACUACUCGGAGGGGCAGUGGGUGUGGGCGCCGGGCCACGCGCGCCGGUACAACGCCACCGAAUGCAACGUCAAGGACAGCGAGAACUGCGUCCGCAACGGGCGCCCGGACACCGGCUACCUCGACUGGCGGUGGCAGCCUGCGGCGGCGGGGUGCGAGCUGCCGGCCUUCGACGCCGCGGCGUUCCUCGCCGCGGUCCGCGGCAAGCACGUCGCGUUCGUGGGCGACUCCAUGGCGCGGAACCAGGCCGAGUCGCUGGUCUGCCUCCUCGGCGCGUCGGCGUUCCCGUCCCGCCUCGUGUACCGCGACGCCGACCCCGGCGUGUUCCAGUUCCGGCGCUGGGCGUUCCCGUCGCACGGCGUGACGGUGUCCGUGUACUGGGCGCCGUUCCUGGCGCGGGCCACGGGCAGGGUGGACGACUACCACCUGCCUUACAGCUCGGUGUACCUCGACACGCUCGCCGAGCGGUGGUCGGCGGAGGCCGACACCAUGGACGUGGCGGUGGUCAGCGCGGGCCACUGGUUCCUGAAGUGGGCCAUGUUCUACAACGGCAGCGAGGUGCUCGGCGUGCACAUGCUCCCGGAAUCCAACCACACUGAGAUCGGCUUCGUCUCGCCGUUCCGGGAGGUGAUCCGGAAGUCGGUGGACCGACUCCUCAUCGGUUCCGGCGGCGGCGGCGACGCCCGGGGCGACCGGACAGUGGUUCUGGCCACCAUAUCGCCGUCGCACUUCGAGAAGGCGUGGGACGACCCCACGACGUGCGCGAGGAAGGGCCCGUACAAGGAUGAGGAGAAGGAGGUGGACGGCGAGGCCGCGGAGCUCAGGAGGGUCGUUAAAGAAGAGGCGUCCGCGGCGGCGGCGAGGAGCGACGGCGGGGCGACGACGAUCAAGGUGCUGGACGUGACGAAGCUGGCGACGAUGCGGCCGGACGGACACCCCGGCGCGUACAUGCACAGGGACCCGUUCGCGCCCGGCAAGCCGGAGAAGAUGCUCAACGACUGCCUCCAUUCCUGCCUGCCCGGGCCGGUGGACACGUUUAAUGAGAUAUUGCUGCAGCUCCUGACCAAGAGGUAGAGUACGUGGUUGGCAGGAGCAAUACUCAUACGAGUGUGCACGUGCACCUGCCAUUUUGCGUUGCGCUUGCGCGCGUAUGACAUGUAGCGUGUCACUGCUACGCCUGAUGAACGGUCAACUUUAGUGAAUUGAUGUGGUCGUCGUUCCUCGUCAGUUAUGUUGGUCCAAUCUUUUGGAGACGUAGAUAUGGGUUUG